ACGUGGAGGACGCGUCAAAUUAACUCCAGCAAACUUCACCCUGCGGGAUCAGACAAAUCCAUCUUUAACUGGAGAGGAUCACUCGUAUCCCAUUCUACCCUAGACAAGUUUAGCAUGUAGAAGUUUUGCAACCGGAGUAGACAAAAGUGUGUCGAAGUGUUCUGAACAUCACAAAUCUACUGCAUGCUGCAGCGUUCAGCCAUUGAGGGAAAACUUUUAAAGACACGCAUCGCAAGAGCAAAUGGAGCAAACCUACGGGGAGGUGAACCAGCUGGGGGGAGUUUUUGUCAAUGGACGUCCUUUGCCCAAUGCAAUAAGAUUACGAAUCGUGGAGUUAGCCCAGCUUGGCAUCAGACCUUGUGACAUCAGCAGACAGCUUCGGGUCUCCCAUGGCUGUGUGAGCAAAAUCCUUGCGAGAUACAACGAAACUGGGUCCAUUUUGCCAGGCGCAAUCGGUGGCAGCAAACCACGAGUUACGACGCCGAAUGUAGUAAAAAACAUACGGGACUACAAACAAGGAGACCCGGGAAUUUUUGCAUGGGAAAUCCGGGACCGUCUUCUCGCGGACGGAGUAUGUGACAAGUACAAUGUUCCCUCGGUCAGCUCUAUCAGCCGGAUAUUAAGGAACAAGAUUGGAAACCUCUCCCAGCCUAACCAAUAUGAAAAUGGCAAACAAGCACCUCCGCAGUCCAGCAUCUCCUAUAAUCACAUAUACCCGUAUUCAUACCCCAAUGCAAUGUCUCCUUCCGGGACCAAAAUGAGCAAUCCUCCCGGUGUUCCUGUCACGGGUGGGCAUGUAAGCAUUCCCCGCGGUUGGCCUUCAGCGCACACGGUCAGCAAUAUACUGGGUAUUCGGGCUUUCAUGGAUCCUUCAGCUAUUGCUAGCGCUGAAGGAUACGCACCAAAAAUGGAGGACUGGGGUAGUGUGAAUAGAGCGACAUUUCCCUCUGCUCAUGGAGUCAAUGGAAUAGACAAAUCAGCUAUUGAUGCAGACAUAAAAUACCCUCAGCCUUCGUCGACUUUGUCAAGUUAUGUCCCAGCAUGCGCGUACUCUCCCUCCAACCAGUAUGGCGUGUACAGUGGCCCGGCAGGCAGUUAUGUGAGCCCAGGGCAUCACUGGCAAGCCCAGGGCACCAGCCUCUCCCACCCUGGCGGUGGCGUAGCGAUGCACCCGAGUGACAUCCAUUCUUCUAUGGCGUUCAAACAUGCAGUGCGAGAUGGAGACAGAAAACCACCGAGUCCCCUAAGCAAGCAGCAGCACGGAGCAUUGAGCAAUAUACACGGACUCAGCCUUUCUACCUCAUCCUCGUAACUGCACAGAUGCAUCAGUUUAGAAAUGAUCGCAUUUCAAGAAAGCAAACCGUAAGUUCAACCAAUGCACAUCUUUCGACGGUGCUGUGCUGUUCGAGCCCGUGGCCAGCGCUCUCGGAGAACAAGAUCUUUGUAAAGCCGAAUGAAUGUAUCCGACUUAGUUCUUUACUGUAACUAUAACUGACUCCAGGCUGCGUUGUUUGGUGGCUGGCUGUUUAACCAUUAUACUGUCAUACUGGGUUUGUCUAUACUGUUUAUGACAGCGACAGCAUAGCGGAUGCAAAAAUGAGAUUUGUCUUAAAGCUAAAUCAGUACAAAAUAAUUUUUAAAGAAUGGCAAUACAUUACAUAGACGUGUACAAUAAAUAAACCCUACGUGAACAAAGUAAUAAAUUGUUAAUGUAAAUAUGAAGAAAGCUUUAGUUAUAUAUUUUUAUAAAUUCAUGUGUAAAUAUGCUAAAUAAAGGUAUUGCAUAAAAAAAAAAACAUCUCAAGUCAUAUCGUUGUCUUUUUAUGAGCACUUAAUUUCACUUCAAAUUCUCGCAAAGAUAUAUGGAAAUGUCUAUAACAAACUGCUAUGCUCUAUGCUCAUUCUGCCUAGUGUUUUCAGUACAUUUGUGUCCACUCUAAAUUAGCAGCAAAAAGUGCUAUAACAUCUGAAUUCUUGCUGAAUUUUCAGUAAGAGAGUGUUUCACGCAAUAUGCUCUGCAAGGAGCGAUAAGGCCAUUUUGCUGUUUUCUCAUGUGCGCUACUGAGCGUAAUGGUGCUUGUCCGGAUUUGGCGCCUCCAGUGAUGCUAUCUGUGUUGAUGCUGGAUCAUUGCCACAUGGUGCAAAAUGUGUUACGAUAUAUAUUAAGAUUAUAUAAAUAUCUAUCGAUAUAGAUAAUCCUCGAUUUGGCAAGUUUUUAAAACGGUUCUACAGUCAUUUUGCUUAAAGCAUUUGUGAUGACAUGGUUGAUGUUUGUUUGCAACCUCGUGGAAGAUGCCGGCUCGGCAUACAGAGACAGAUCUUCGAGUAAUAGGCCUAUGCACAAUCAAAAACCGUUUGCAUUAUAUUCAAUUAACAUUAUUACCAGGCCUAUCCUACGUUUUAUACUAUUAGUUAAAUAGUCGUAAAACUGUUCUGAUGGCUACAAGAGAGUUAUAGUUUGUUUCUCUCUCUCUCUCUCUCUCUCUCUCUCUCUCUCUUCAUAAAGGAUCUGGGUCGCAUUUCUCAAAAGCAUCAUAAGCCAAAGCAGAUAGUAGAAACAAUAAUUGCAAUCACCUUAUACAAUUUUUCCCGAAAUCAUGGUUAAACUGUAAGCAGUAGUCCUACUUGAGAAUCGUCGUAGAUCUACGAGCGCUCUCUGCAGCAAUCCUAGAGUUUAGGUGCACGGUAAACCGCGCUAAACUCAGUUUCUUGCGAUCACCUGCAGGACAACGGUGAAAUUACAGCUAAAUAUAAUACAGCUAUAGUUACAAUUCAUGUAGCCUAAACAUUAUGGCUUUAAUAUCAUAAUAUCAUUAAUAUCAUUAUUUUAUACGUUUAAAAUUAUUUAAAAUAGUUUCAAACAAAUGCAUAAAAAGCAUAAAUAAAUAAUAGAUCCUACUAACUAAAUAAAGCAUUGUAGGCCUACCUGAUUUAGACGAAGUUGCAAAAAAAGUCUUAGUUUGUCAUGACGUCGCCAUUUUUUCCUCCUCUUCCUCUUUUUCUCUGACACCCAAAGGCUUCUGAUAUCCCCAUCACUGUGGAGGAGUAAAGAGCACACUGGAAUUAACUAGACUAGAAACGUGCUCACGGAAAACGGAGACCAUAUAAAAAUACAUAGGCUAAUCUCAAAACUGAAUUUAAUGAAUUGCUGAAAAAAUAACUUUAAAUAUUUCCGGGGGAAGAUAAAUUGCAAAUAUUUUAAACAAACAAACAGUUAUAGGCCACAAUGUUACAAUGGACAAACAACUGUCAUUUCAGUUGUGUGAAAAUUAAAAGAAAAGAAACGAACGCUGGUACCUUGGCACCAAGAGAACAGAAAGAGAAGAUAGGCCUGCAUAAUUACCGUGAUAUUUGUUUGAAGCUGUUAUUAAUUGAUACAGCAACACGUUUUAUAUAUGCCAGAUAUUAUGCCAAAAUUAAUUUAAUACCUAAACAUUUAUCACGAUAUCUUUUUUAAAAUAAAUUAACACCAAUGUGAAAGACAAGUAGUGUGAGAAAAGUUAUGUGCACUUCUCGGAGCCAAAACAUUAUUGAGAAAAGAAAAGAAAAUAUUGUUUAAAAUUUGAUCGAUGGAACCCGUCUUUUUGAACAAUCAAUAGGCUAAUUAAUUAAGUAGCCUAAUUAAGUAUUAACUGACAGUGUCGGUUCAAACAGCUAUCCACGACCAUUACGAUAGAGUUUCCUAAACCAUCUUUUUCGAAUUCCGAAUAUUAUUGUGCAAAAGACACAGUAAUCACAACAAAAUGUCACUAAAUGACAGUAGCAUAUACGACUCCAUUAUGCUCUCUGUUAAUAACAUUAACACAACAAUAACAACUACUAAAAUAAAUAAAUGCAUACAUACAUAUACAUUGAAUGAAUGAUCGAUCUAAAUGUCAAAAGCUUAAUUUAAAGCCCAAUCAAGGAUUUAAGCAUGCAAUGCAAAUAUUUAUAUAAGUAAUCUUUAAUGGCAUAGGCUUGUUGGUCAACGUGGAACAUACACUCACGCGAGCUUGUAAAAUGUGGUUUUUCUAGUUCUGCACUGUUGAUAGUGGAAAACAGAAAAAAAAAAAAAAAAAAUGUCACAAAUGUUCGCUGAAUGAGGAUGAAAGUAAAAGAUCGGUAUCACUGAUGGGUGUUUUUUCAGUCCAUUUAAAUUUCGUAAAAGGUGAUGUUUUUCACAACCAAAUUAACAGUUAAAAUUUUAGUUCUAGUUCAAGUUCUGUUAUGUUCAUUUCAGGGCUUUCCGUAGCAGUAAUGUACUAGAGACUCAGCCUGAUGAUUUCACGACGGAAAGAUCUCUGUUACACGUCCCUGAAACAUUGCUGACACUCUAUGAAUGCAUGUACUGUACUUUCCUGCCGUAUUAGGCAUAUAAAUAUGUCAAUGACACCAUAGACAUAAGACUGUUAGUGAGCAACAUAACUCAGUGUAUGGUAAAAAGAAAUGCAGCGUUUUUCCCAGUUUAGGUUUUCAGUUCGUUCAACAUGCCUGUAAUACGACUUUCAUUCUUUUCUCUUUA